AUGUCUUUCACAAAACAUUACCUGAGUUGGUGUCUUUUCUAUUUUCCGCAAACGCAAAAAUUGUACAACGAAAGCGAGAAAUCCACGAAAAUUAGAAAAAAAAAAUCGAAAUCGGAAACAAUGGCAACUUGUUUGGUCAAUCGUUUAAAGAUAUCUACCUUAGUUCAACUUGGAGAAGAUAAGACAAUGCUUGAUUUAGAAUCCAAGCCAGUUUUGUCCUCGUUGAAGGAAGAAAAUAAAAAUUUAAUCGCAAGUGUUGAUGAUUACGUUCUUGAUUACAAUCUUUUUGUCCUAAAUUCUGUAAGAGAAGUCUUGGAGAGCAACGAUAACCAAUUGGUUUCAUUUAUUCAAGCAUUAAUUGCUUCGCUACCGGAUGAGUAUAGUAACUUAAUCUACAAUCCAAUCGACGACAAUGGGAAAAUAAACUUAUCCACUACAUCGAAGUUACAAGAAAGAUUAUUAAACCUACUAAUUCAAGAAAGGCAUAGGCGUGACAUAAUUGCAUUGAAUAAACAAUUUGAAGAAAAAAUUAAAUAUUUGGAACUUGAGAACCCAUUCAAGUACGAAAUAAAGUCGCCUUAUUACAAGGCAUUUCUUGGAGCAAAGGAUGAGCAAGCUGAUCAAUUCCACAAGUUAGCUUUGCUACAAUCUUUAGAAUACGAUUUUGAACACAAUCUAGAUGAGGAAUCAGAUUACAAAACUGAUGAUGAUUUGUUAGAGCAUUUUCUUGACGAUGCAAUUGUAAAUUUCAAGCUAGACGGCAAUGUGAAGGAGGAAGAUGUGAUGAAUAGUGAGAUUGUCAAAAUUAUGCUACCGCUUGCUGCCCAGGUCAUUAUGGGAGACGACGAAGAAGUUGAAGACGAAAGCGAGCUAAAAGAAUCUAGUUAA